AUGUCUCAUCAAAAGACCGAAGUGGUUUCCAAGUCCAACGAAUUAACUUUUCUGAGGACAGUGGAUUUGGAAUGCUGUAUUUGUUACAGCAUCGUGUCAAGGCCCGUUACCCUUGCCUGUGGGCACUCUGGCUGCAAAAAUUGCAUGGAAACUUGGGCAGAAUCGACAGCCACACCGUUGUGUCCCCAGUGUCGGGCAACGUUCCGAAAAGAAGAGCUGAGGUUAAAUGUGGCAAUGGAUAAGGCGACCCGAGAUUUGCCUGUUAAAUGUAACAGCCAAGGCUGCCAGUGGAAGGGCAACUAUAGCGAUGCCAACGAUCACCUCAGACAUUGCCCAAAAGUACGAGAGAGGUGCCCCAACGAAGGAUGCCAGCACGUGGCGGCACGGGAAGAAAUGACAGCACACGCUUGCCCAAAAGAAAGGAUCGCAUGUUCAGGAUGCCAACUGAGCGUAACCAGGGAAAGACUCCAAUUCCACCGUACAUCUUUAUGCAGAAACUCUGCAGUUCUAUGCCCCUUGAGAUGUGGAGCAUCAUUACCACGAAUGAACAUCAACCUACAUCUACACAAAUGCCCAGAGAAGGCUUCAAUGUGCCAAGUACCUGGC